AGUGGAGGCUUGGCGUCUCGUGGCCGCGGCGCCGUUGCUACCUCUCGGAAGCUCCCCUCGGCCGCUUGCCGAGACACCCGGCCGCCAAGAUGCCUCGAAUUAUGAUUAAAGGGGGCGUGUGGAGGAAUACCGAGGAUGAAAUUCUUAAAGCAGCGGUAAUGAAAUAUGGGAAAAACCAGUGGUCUAGGAUUGCCUCACUGCUGCAUAGAAAAUCAGCAAAGCAAUGCAAAGCCAGAUGGUAUGAGUGGCUCGAUCCAAGCAUUAAGAAAACAGAAUGGUCCAGAGAAGAAGAGGAAAAACUCUUACACUUGGCCAAGUUGAUGCCAACUCAGUGGAGAACCAUCGCUCCAAUCAUUGGAAGAACAGCUGCCCAGUGCUUGGAACACUAUGAAUUUCUUCUGGAUAAAGCGGCCCAAAGAGACAACGAAGAGGAAACAACAGAUGACCCACGAAAACUUAAACCUGGAGAAAUAGAUCCAAAUCCAGAAACAAAACCAGCACGGCCUGAUCCAAUUGAUAUGGACGAGGAUGAACUUGAGAUGCUUUCUGAAGCUAGAGCCCGCCUGGCUAAUACUCAGGGAAAGAAGGCCAAGAGGAAAGCAAGAGAGAAACAGUUGGAAGAAGCAAGACGUCUUGCUGCCCUCCAAAAGAGAAGAGAACUUCGAGCAGCUGGCAUAGAAAUUCAGAAGAAGAGAAAAAAGAAGAGAGGAGUUGAUUAUAAUGCUGAAAUCCCAUUUGAAAAAAAGCCUGCUCUUGGUUUCUAUGAUACUUCAGAGGAAAACUACCAGGCUCUUGAUGCAGAUUUCAGGAAGUUAAGACAACAGGAUCUUGAUGGCGAGCUAAGAUCUGAAAAAGAAGGAAGAGAUAGAAAAAAAGAUAAGCAGCAUUUGAAAAGGAAAAAAGAAUCUGAUUUACCAUCAGCUAUUCUUCAAACAAGUGGUGUUUCUGAAUUUACUAAAAAGAGAAGCAAACUAGUACUUCCUGCCCCUCAGAUUUCAGAUGCAGAACUCCAGGAAGUUGUGAAAGUAGGCCAAGCAAGUGAAAUUGCACGUCAAACAGCUGAGGAAUCUGGCAUAACAAACUCGGCUUCCAGUACUCUUUUGUCUGAGUACAAUGUCACCAACAACAGCAUCGCUCUUAGAACGCCACGAACACCAGCUUCUCAGGACAGAAUUCUGCAGGAAGCCCAGAACCUCAUGGCCCUGACCAAUGUGGACACCCCAUUAAAAGGUGGACUUAACACACCUUUGCACGAGAGUGACUUCUCAGGUGUGACUCCGCAGCGGCAGGUUGUACAGACUCCAAACACAGUUCUUUCAACCCCAUUCAGGACUCCCUCUCAUGGAUCGGAAGGGCUGACUCCCCGGAGUGGGACAACUCCCAAACCAGUUGUUAACUCCACCCCGGGUAGAACUCCUCUUCGAGACAAGUUAAACAUUAAUCCCGAGGAUGGAAUGGCAGACUACAGUGAUCCCUCUUAUGUGAAGCAGAUGGAAAGAGAGUCUCGUGAACACCUCCGUUUAGGGUUGAUGGGUCUUCCUGCCCCCAAGAAUGACUUUGAAAUUGUUCUACCAGAAAAUGCUGAGAAGGAGCUUGAAGACCGUGAAAUAGAUGAUACAUACAUUGAAGAUGCUGCUGACGUGGAUGCACGGAAGCAGGCCAUACGAGAUGCAGAGCGUGUGAAGGAAAUGAAGCGAAUGCAUAAAGCUGUCCAGAAAGAUCUUCCAAGACCAUCAGAAGUAAAUGAAACUAUUCUAAGACCCUUAAAUGUAGAACCGCCGUUAACGGAUUUACAGAAAAGUGAAGAACUAAUCAAAAAAGAAAUGAUCACAAUGCUUCAUUAUGACCUUCUACAUCACCCUUAUGAACCAUCUGCAAAUAAAAAAGGAAAAACUGUAGGAUUUGCUACCAAUAAUUCAGAGCACAUUGCCUAUCUGGAACAUAACCCUUAUGAAAAGUUUGCUAAAGAAGAGUUGAAAAAGGCCCAAGAUGUUCUGGUACAGGAGAUGGAAGUGGUAAAACAAGGUAUGAGCCAUGGAGAACUCUCAAGUGAAGCUUAUAACCAGGUGUGGGAAGAAUGCUACAGUCAAGUUCUGUAUCUCCCUGGGCAGAGCCGCUACACACGGGCCAACCUAGCAAGCAAAAAGGACAGAAUUGAGUCACUUGAAAAGAGGCUUGAGAUAAACAGGGGUCACAUGACGACAGAAGCCAAGAGAGCUGCAAAGAUGGAAAAGAAGAUGAAAAUUUUGCUUGGGGGUUACCAGUCUCGUGCUAUGGGGCUCAUGAAACAAUUGAAUGACUUAUGGGACCAAAUUGAGCAGGCUUACUUAGAGUUACGCACUUUUGAAGAACUCAAGAAACAUGAAGAUUCUGCGAUUCCCCGGAGGCUAGAGUGUCUAAAAGAAGAUGUACAGCGACAACAGGAAAGAGAAAAGGAGCUUCAGCAAAGAUAUGCUGAUUUGUUGCUGGAGAAAGAAUCUUUAAAGUCCAAAAUGUGAAGCACAGUGUGUAUUCUGUCACAGGAUGAACUAAUGGCUGGUUUUCGCACUCUGGAAAGCUGAAACUGCUGUUUAUCUUCAUUGACAAAUUUGCCCAUAAUCUGUGGUCUUUUGAUUGUUUAUUUUAAACGAUAUUGAUCUAACACAUUCUGUGUAUAAAGCCUUUCACUCCACAGGACAUUUUAGGGUUUAAAUUAUGACAAUCAUUCUUUUAUCAGUGUCACAUUUGAAAAUUUUUUUUUUUUCAGUUUUGGCCUUUAUUUUAAAAGCCUGAUUUUUAAGUGCGGCCUAUGAGUAUACUCUUGAAUAAAAACAAAACCUAAAAAAUUGAGAAUGUAGCCUUUUGUUUGUAGUAACUGGAUACUUAAAAGUGCCCACAAACCAGCAAAUAUGUACUCUGUAUCAUAUUUAAUGAGUAACUCUGGGAUAAUCAAAUGGUGAACUAGCAUCUUAACUUAAAUCCUAAAUAGGCAAUCCUUUUGUGGCUUUGUUCGUUUUUACUGUUUUACCAUAGAAUGAUCAUUUGUCUGUAUACUGACAAUAUAGAUUAACUUUUUAAUUCCUCUUCUUUUUUCUCAAUAUAAUUUUAGGCUUGAUGUCUUCUCUGCCCAGCUACUUACAUGUGUAGUUUAUGGAUUAGGGCUCAAAAGAUUUCUUGACCUGUUAUUUUCUUGUACAUAUUUUUUGACAAAAGCAUUUUAAAGAUUAAUUUCAACAAGGCUAGUAAACUUUAAUUAUUAAAGCUCUGUGUUUAUCUUAAUCAGACAAAUGUAGAAUUUGGGGACUGGAUGGGUAGAAGUGAGAAGAUUUAACUUUAUAAUAAUGCAUAGGAAAUCAUUUAGGACAGUAGCUGGCUGUAAGUUUCAGUAUAGGUCAAAAAUGUGUUGAACUCACCAAAAAAAUUUGCCUAAUCUUAGAAUAUUAGGGACUUAAAAGGGAGGGAGGGAUACGUUCAUUCAUGAGAUAUUUAUUGUCAGAGUCCUGGGGAAUAGAACAAUUAAUAAAAUAGGCAUACUUCCUGUUUUGUGGCACUUACAGCUUAUUUGACAAUGACAGACAACUAAAAUUUAAAUGUUUACUGAGUGACUCUUACGUACCAGGAACUUUAAAGUGUUGAACAGUUAUUAAGACACAGUUCUUGCUGUUAUGGAGGCGGCAUUGUGGGGGAGAUAAUAAAUAUUCAGGGGAAAGUAUCAGAUCAUGAACUUUAGAUUCCAUAGAGGGAAUUAACGGAGUGAUGAGAAAUAGCGACUGGUGUCUGCUCUGGGUGGGAUGAUCGAAGAGCUCUAGGAAAGAACAGUUAAGGUAGAACAUGACUACAUCUUAGAAGGAGCCAUCCCGUGAGAUUCAAGUAGAGCUCAAGGCCAACAAAGUGAAGAGCGAGCACAAAGGUGUGUUUGAGGAACAGAAAGUCAGUAUGGCCACGGUCCAGAUGGCGUUUGUAAAAGGCCUGGUGUACAGGGCCAUAUUUAUAAGGCCGUAGGAAGGAAUUUGGGUCUUAUUCUAACUAUGAUGGGAAACUUUCCUUCUAAGUAAAGGAAUGACAUGGUCAGAUUGGUUUUUGGAACAUCCUGUGGCCCUACUGUGUGCUCUCUCCCCAGGUUGAAAAUAAGGAAUCCAGUUAGUUCAGGAGCCUGGUGCAGUAGUAGUCCAGACACACAGGAGCGACUCAGACUAGGAUAUAAGCAGUCCUGAGGGAGGCAUGGAAAGAUCUGAACAGCAAUAGUUCUGGCCAAGUCAUAAAUUUAUAUUUUCUUGGUAUCUACUUAAUUCUAGACCUUUCCCCAGUAAUUUUGCCUGGGUUUUCUAGGAAUUACUUUCAUAGCUAUGACUGAUGAUGAUCUUCUAAUAAUCUUACUUAGUUUGUAUUGCAUGUUUUGUUGGUUGAAUUGUUUAGAACAACAUAAAAUAAUGACUAUAAUGGUAUUUGUUUUGUUUUCUGACUUUAAUGGGAACAUCCAUAGCAGUGUUUUACCUUUAGGUUUGCUGUUUUUAGUCAGAUAUUCUUCAUCUAGAAAGGAAAUUUCCCUCUAUUUUUAGUUUUUAAAGAAUUUAAAUUAGGUAUGGCUCAGGAAUUUGGUCAAAUAUGCUUUUUGGGUACCUAUUAACAUAAUUAUAUAAUUAUUAAAUUUGAUUUAUUGAUGACAUUUUUGAAAAUGAGAAUACGUACAUUUAUUAAAGCUGGGGAUAGGGAAACAAGGAAAGGCUUGGGAUAGAAGAAGCAAGAGGAGAGAGCCCAGGUGGGCUGCCGUCGCUCUCCAGAAAUGUCAUAGGAAAGAAAUGAGCCAAGACCGGGCGGCUUUAGCUCGUUGACAAGUCCAAGAAAAGGGCGGCCUUGGAGGCAGGGUUAGGGGGUUAGCCCAGGACGAGCUGCCACUGCCCGUGUCUCCCCUGGUUGCAAGUCUCGUGGGGACCCUUCAAGUGUAGGAGAUGCAGGACUGGGGGGAAGAAAGGCGGGCAUGCUCCUGGAGGAAGAGCAUUGUUGAGGACAUUUUAACAGAUUUAACAACAUUAAACCAGCUUUGAACUCCUAGAAUCAGGUAGAAUAAUUAAAAAUAAAAGAUUUACAGUUUACCUGCAUCUUAUGUAAACUUGAAUUAUACCGACUUAAAAUUGUUGAUCUAAUAAUAGUAGUGAAGACUCACUUUGAUUUCAACAUUUGAAGUAAUACAUAUACAGCAAACCCUUGAUUUAAUGGACUUUGGAUUUAACAGACAAAAUUUCCAGUCCAGAUGUCAUAUGUGAAGAUUAACACCCUGUUAAUUUUAAAAUGCUUUUAACCAAGAUUUGCUUAUAAUUAAAUUAGUGGGUUAUUUUGUUGUUAUUAAUUCCUGUUAUUUUUAACAAAUUUUAGCGGAUAGGCCAUAUGUUGGAAAAAAUACUGUAGUAAUUUCACCGACAUAAAUAAAUAUUACAUACCUACAACUAUAGUCUACAUAUUUAAAUCCAAGAAUCACUGCUUGUAAACAACGUUCAGCAAAUGAUUAGCAUGUGAUCACACCGCAUCAAGCAGGAAACUGGUUCUGUUGUCACGUGGUGUGACUUUGUGCAGCAGUUUUCAUAUGGGGGCAGAUGUUCUGGGUGCUGAGCCAUGCCCCAGCCAUGUGCAUUUCUUUACUUGUGGUGACUGGUGAAUGCAGUAUACCGUAAACUUAAAAUUACAGUAGUACAUAUAGAAAACAUUUCUGUGAAAUUAAACUUUUCACACAAACUUAAUUUUAAUCACAAAACGUAUCUUCAGAAGUAAAAGGUAGACUAGCCCUGAUCGGUGGUGCUAAGUGGUUGGAGCAUGGCCCACGCACCAAAGGAUCGUAGGUUCGAUUCCUGGUCAAGGGCACAUACUUAGGCUGUAGGUUCAAUCCCCAGGCCUGGUCAGGGCUUAUGCUUGGAGGCAACCAAUAGAUGUGUUUCUCUUAUAUCGAUGUUUCUCUCUCUCUCUCUCUCUCUCUCCCCCCCCCUCCCCCUUCCCUCCCUCCCUCCCACUCUCUCUAAAAAAAAAACACCCAAAAAACAGUCAAUGGAAAAAAUAUCCUCGGGUGAGGAUUAACAAAAAAAACACAAAAUACAGGGAAACUAAUUUGUCAAUUUUUUAACACCCAUUUGGAAAACCUACUUUAUUAUAUAAUUGACUUUUGGCUUUAACAGUUACACCCCCUUGCCCAAAUUAAUCUGCUUUAUUGAGGUUUUACUACUUACAGCUUAAAAAGUGACCAAGAAUUGCAUUGCAUAAUUUCAGAACUGGCAUCUCAGUACAUUUGUAAACUGUUCAUGCUUUUGCCAUAUAGCAAUACAGCUUUGGCUAGUAAGUAAACAUGCCAUCAUUCUUUGUCAGUAUCCUGUAAAGCCCCGGGUUCUUUCCCAGCACCGUUCUGAGGGCGAGAGUCACAUUUAUCUGUUCUCCUACAGGCAUUCAUUAAGUGGUAGUGUUAAAACUAGUGUUGAAAAGGAUCUUCAAGUCUCAGUAACUUUGGGACAGAAAUUAAAUGUGAUCAAGAUCUUAAAGCAACUACCACUAUGAGCAAGAGUCCUUUUUGAAAUAGUAAAAUAAUGGUGAAAUAAGAAAAAGCAAUCUCAAAGAAAAAAUACACUGCAGUGAUUGUGGACUUGCUGUUGCAACUGUGCACCCCCUGCUUUUACAUUUAUUUUUCUGGGAAAAUUACUUUCAAAAUACGUGGUGUCCUCUGGAAUGCAUUUUUCCUAAAAUAUGACUGCCUUAAUGGUUCUAUAGAAUUUGAUUUGCUAAUAUUUUACUUAGGAAAAUAGCAUUUUUACAUGAGUGAGUUUGGCUAUUGUCCAAGUUUUGACAUAGGGAUUUUGCUAGCUCUAUAAAGCGGAUAGGAUAACUGUAUAUAUUUUUCUAUGCAUUAAGCAGUUAUAUUAUAGCACAGGAGUGAUUUGUUCCAUGAAAUAUUGAAGGACUGUGCUUAUAAAACUAGAGUUCAGAGCCCUUUCUGGAAAGAAUUUCUUGAUAACUAUCAGUUUCUUUUGUGACUAUUAAUAUGUCAUCUAUUUUUAAAUUUAAGUAACUUUAAAAUUUUGUUUCCAACUGCAUUUUCCUUUUGUGUUUAUUAUUUACUAAAUUAGGUAAUUUAUACUUUUCUAGCAAAUUUAUUUUUUUGAAAUGCAAUGCAUUUAUUAGCAUAGAAUUUUAAUAGAAAGAAUAAAAAAUUUCUAUUAAAUUUGCUCCUUCUAGGACUAGGUUAUAAAAAAUUUACCUUAGUUCUACCACUUAUUUUUUUCUUGCUAAUGGUAUCUUUUUUCCCUUCAAAACAACCAUUUUGGAUUUUUCCAAUUGUGAUUUUCUAUUAAUUUCUCAUUUUAUGUUUAUUACUUUUGCUUUCUCUAGAUGUCUUCCCUAUAACUUUUGAGUCUGAUAAUUAUUUUUUUUUGUUUGUAUACAAAUUAAUACAUUGAAGGCUUUUGUUUUCCCCUAAUUUUAAAUAUGUUCACAUCCCAGCUAUGUUGAUGUGUUUUAUAAGUAGUUUAUUAUUGUUUUAAAGUUUUGGCUUAUUAAGAAUAUUUAAAAAUUUCUGUGUGGUUUUUUUUUUAUUUUUCAAUUUUUGCUACUUGUAGGGUUUUUUCCCUUGUGGAAAGGAAAUAUGGCUUACAUACUUUUUGCCUUUUAGAAUUUAUUGAGGUUUUGGGGCCUAGCAUUUAAAAAAAAUAUUCUGUGGGUGUUUUAAACAAAGGUUUAAUCCAUUGUGUGGGACAGGUGAACAUGUGUUUCACUGCAUUCAGCCACUUUUAUGACAUUAUUCCAAUUUUGGUUUUGGUUAUAAACUAUCAUAGACUAGUAAUGCUAGCUUAAAGUCUUCUAAUAUAGUUAUUCUCUCAAUUUUAUCUUGUUUUAGCUUUUGCUUUGUGUGGUUUGAUACUAUUAUUUAAUACAGAUACUUGUGUCUGUUAAGUACAAUUUAUAAGGAAGACUUGCUAGUCUGUAAAGUUAUUCUUUUUGUCCUAUUAGUUUUUUUGCUUUGAGUUUUACUUCCUGGAUAUUAGAAUAUUUCUGUCCUUUUUGUUUAUAUUUGCUUGAUAAAUUAAUUUUUAUUCUUUUAUUUUUAACUUUGAUACACUUUUUAGUUGUCUCUUAAACAGCAUGUCUUUUUAUAUUUCAGCACAUUUGGAGAGUCUUUGUAUUAUAUUAGGGGAGUCUAAUCCAUUUGCUUUUGUUAAUUAUUGACUUUGGUCUUCUGUGAUCAUAUUUUAUGCUUUCUCACUGACGUCUCUUAUUUCCUAAAAGGACUGUAAUUUCAUGGCUUUAAUUUUCUUAGUGAUUUGAUUUAGAAAUACACAUCCUCUUUUUUUUUUCCUUUAAAUAUUCACCUGAAGAUAUAUGUUUUUAUUGAUUUGAGAGAGAGAGAGGAAGGGAGAGGGAGAAACAUUAAUGUGAGAGAAAUAGAGAUUGGUUGCCUCCUUUACGCACCCUGACCAGGAAUCGAACUCACACCUUUCCAUGCAUGGGACGUUGCGUCAACCAACUCAGCCACACUGUUAUACGCCCUCUUCUAAACUUUACAGAUGAUUAAGGUACCAUUUAGGGUUCAAGACUAUUCAGGAGAAAGAAAGCCUACCAGAAUUUGAACAGGGAAAAUUCAGUAUGAAGAAUUAUUAACUAGUAAUGGGAUUGAUUAACCUCAAAGAGAGGCCAGUACAUCUCUAAAGAAGGCAGGACUAGCAGCUGCAGGGAGCAGCCGUUACUUGCAGACUGAGGGAGAGGACCCAAGGGUGGGACAGACUUGGACGAGCCCUUUCCCUGCCCACAAGGCUGAGGUUCGGGUCUCAUUGAAGGGGACGUGUGGCCCACUGGAUGCAGCGUGCUGAGGUGCCACCGUGAGGUGGCAGGCAGGGCGUCAGGGAAACGGUAGGAAGUCAUUGGCUGGGUGCCAGUGCCCUUGGGAAAGCUGCCUCUGGGGCCUGCACCGCUGGAGAAUGUGCACCACUGGCUUUCACGUUGCCGGCAAGACAGGCACAUGCUGACAGAGGCUCAGUAGGACCACGAGGGAAAAGCUCUGGAACCAGGGGAUGGAGGCCCCUUUCCACCUGCAGUGCCCCUCCAGUGCCACCUAAUACUGUGUCCACUGGCAAAUGAGACAUGUUUGUAGGUCACAACUCCAGUACCACAAAGCAGGGAAUGAGGGUGGCUUUGCAGCUGGCCCAAUAAUCACUGUUUUCCAAAAUCAUACUCAAGCCUGUAUUUUUCUUAGGGGCUGAAUAAGGAGUGAAGCUGUUGUCUGAACCACUUUUAAUUCCAUUAACGGCUCCUUUAUACCAUGGUAAGGGGACUCUUUCUAUUUUUAGUUGGGGAAUCUCCAGGGAAUGCGUGCUAGUUCACUAUUCAAAGCUGUUUCAUCUGGUUGAUUCCCCUGUGGCCAAUCUUUGGGUUUGGAUUCAACCUUUUCAUCUGUCUUCCCAGCCUCUUGUGCUCAGGGCAUUCCUUGGAAGUGUUUCCUUGUUCCUUAUCUUCCCUGCCAUCCUACACUUAUUUCUUUGGGUCCCCUUUAUUCCACAUUUUCAGCCAAAGAUAAAAACAAGGAGGAACAUUCAACAAUAUUCUCUCUUAAAAAAAGUUUAUUUGUAUCAGUAAUACGUGCAUAUGUUUUACAAACUAAAUUCUUGGAUGAUGGUGAUGGCUGGAAUAUAGCAACCAAAAACCCCUGGACAACAUUUACAACAUAACUAGAUGACAAGCUAUUCAUCCCCAUGAACUCCAAAAUACGUGUGAUGUGGAUAAACCACCAAUAGGCUGUGGAGUCUGUGCAGGAAAAAUCACCUGAUAACACCUAAGAACAGGAGAACCUUAAAGUAGCCAAUGGGUAUUCAUGGAAUGAGUAGUAGACCAAUUAGAGAACAGUGGCGAAAGUUUGCAGACGAAUCAGCAACCUCGAUGAUUAACGUCGUCAUAUUUUUAGGUAGGUCUAAACAUUUCAAAAGUCUUCUGUCUCAAGGCAAGAUGUUUUUCCUUUGGGGAAAAAAGUACAACAUAUAUGGGUAUUAACAUCAUCAGCUAUAGCAUGUUUGUUAACUUGCCAUGUUGAUUUAUGUGGUCCCAUUUGCUAGCCACUAGCCAUGUGACUGGAGCACAUGACACAUGGCUGGUUCACAUUGCUGUGCUGGAAGUAACCGAUUAGGAAGACAGUAUGAAAAAGAAAUCUCAUUUUAAAAUAUUGCUUACAUGUUGAAAUGAUAAUAUUUUUGAUAACAGUGGCUUAAAUAAAAUAUAUUAUUAAAAUUAAGUCCACCUGUUUCUUUUUACCUUAAAAAAUGUGGCUAGUAGAACAUUUAAAAUUACAUGUGUGGCUUGCAAUAUAUUUCUACUCAGAGCAGUGUUUUAAUUUUUUUUGUUAUUGAUCACUAAUUUAAUUCCAUUGUGGUUUGAGAACAUACUCUGGAUGAUUUCAGCCCUUUUAAAUUUAUUGAAAUUUGGUUUAUGACCCAGCAUAUGGUCUGUUUUGGUGAAUGUUUCUUGUUCACUUGAAAAUGUGUAUUUUGCAGGCUAUAAUGCUCUAUAAAUACCAAUUAGGUCACAUUGGUUGGUAGAAUCCAAGUUUUCUACAUCUUUAAAUGCUUUCUUUCCUCUCCACUUGUUCUGUAAGUUGCUGAGAUAGGUAUGGUGAAAUAACCAACUGUAAUUGUGAAUUUGCAUAUGUCUCUUCAGUUCUUCCUUUUUUUUUUUCUUCUAAACAGAAGAGUUUAGAAAUUAUUGUCACAUUUAGGGUUAUUAUGUUUUCUUAUUGAAUUGUCACUUUUGUCAUUAUGAAAUGUCCUUUAUAUCUGGCAACAUUCUUUGGCCUGAGUCUAUUUUGUCUGAUAUUUUGUCUAAUAUUGCUCCUCUAGUAAUCUUAUGAUUAGAGUUUGCAUGAUGUAUCUUUUUCCAUACUUUUAUUUUUAACCUCUCUGUAUGUUUUAGUUAAUGUGGGUUUUUAUAUGUAUCAUAUUGUUGUUGGGGUAGACAUGUAUUUUAGACUGCUUGAUAUUCGACAGGUCAUUAAGAUUUUAUUCUUUUUAAAAAUUCUUAUUCUUUUUCUCCUCCAUUCUUCAUAUUAUAUAAAUCAUGUUUCAGUUUUUCGAGUUUCCUGAUUGCUUUUUUCUAAUGUCUAAUUUGUUUUUAUUCCUUUGUAGUGAAAUUUUCAUGUCAGAUAUUAUAUUUUUGUCUUUAGCAGUUCCAUUUUCUUUUUUACAUAAUUUCUCUUUAUAUUUAUAUUUUCUUUUACAUCCUUGAACAUAUAGAGCAUGUUUAUAAUAAGUGUUUUAAUGUACUUAUCUGCUUAUACCAUUAUCUGUCAUUUCUGGGUCUAUUUCUAUUGACUGAUUUUUCUCCUGGACCCCGGUCAUUUUCCAAGUUCUUUGAUUUAGUACUAAGAAAGAUGACACACAUUAUGAAUGUUAUAUUGCUGGCUUUGUUAUCUUUGUAUUGGGCUUUAUUCUAGCAGAUAGUUAAUUUACUUGCAGAUCGGUUUAAUCCUUUAAAGUUUGUUUUCUAGCAAACUGGCCCAUGCCUGUUUUUGUAAAUAAAAUAUUAUUGGAACACAA